AUGGAGUCGGCAUGGAUACCGCGCAUUUUAAAGCCCGACUACAGCUGGCCACACCCGAUAAGGUCACCAAUUUCUACAAUAACUCCUCCAGUGCCUGCUGUGCCAAGCAGAAUUUCACUACGAUUCUGGGCCAUUGUCCACAAGGCUCUAUUUGCUUUCUCCAAAUAUUAUUGCUCUUGGUUUGAUAUACCGUUCGGCAAUAUUGCCGAAUUGCCCUUUGGGCUCCUCAUGAAGUGGACAGAUCGAACAUCUCUGGAGGAAGUAGCCGCGAUGCAAAUGGCUCGUGCUGCUGGAAUGCCUGUUCCCAAGUUCCUGAACUGCGGAAAGCAUAUCGGGGAUCCAUCGAAUCGUGUUUUCUCAAUUCUGAUGACAAGGCUGCCGGGCAUAAGUCUGAUCAACUCAAGGGAUCCAUUUGAUCCAGACAUUGAGGGCCCGUGGAUUCAUGAGCUGAAACUGUGCCUGGAUUCGAUGCGUCAAUGGCGCAUACCACCACCUUAUGACCAAAACUGUAUCUGUUCUGUGCUUGGAACUGCCAUUCGGAGCACUCGAGUUCCAAACCACGCCAUGGGCCCAUUCCCUAGUGAAAAAGAGUUCACACAAUAUCUUCUCUCAACAUCUUCCGAUCACAGUUUUCAGUCAAGAGCUGAGUAUGAUGAAGUAUGCGUUCGUGCAAAGCGAAUCGAUCAACGGCCGCAUCGAGUUACCUUCACUCAAGGAGAUUUCAAAGCACACAAUAUCCUAGUUGAUGAUGAUGGGCGUUUGUCGGGUUUUCUUGACUGGGAGUCGGGGGGUUGGUGUCCUGAGUAUUGGGAGUUUACUACCGCAAUGAGAUUUGGACGGUAUACUUGGUGGUAUCAAGUUUGUAUGUGGAUGGGAGGUGACCAGUUUCUUGAAGAAUUGGAUGCUGACAUUGCGGUAAAUCUGUUGACUGUCGAUUCAUAUAUAGGAAUGUAA